AUGGCCCGGGCCCGUGAGCGACUCCACAAGCUCGACAAAGUGCUGGCGGAUAGCGCAGUGGCGGACGGCGGGACCGAGGCGGUGCUGGAGGUGCUGGCGCGGGCAGGCAGCGUGGCGAGCGGAGGCGGAAGUGGCGGUCACGAGACGGCAGGAAUAGAAGCUGCGUAUGCUGCUCGCUACAUCCGCGCUCUCGAGGCGUACGAUGCUGCCGGGCGCACGUACUCCUCGGCGGUAGCCUUCCUUGGCCUGCUCGAGACCGCCGGGCGCGGCAAACCGCGGAGGCGGCGGGAUGCUGAUCUCUCCACUGCUGGGUACGCAUCACCGGCACCGGCACCGAGGCAUGCUCCGCAUCAUGCUGCCCAUAUUCCGCCGUGCAGUCCGUCGGGCGCGCCACGGCUCAACUCGUUUCUCGACGAUGUGUACGGGUGCGUGUGGGAGAGCGUGGACGACGACGAUGGCGAGAGCACAGGAUCUGCAAGCGAGCUUGUGGUCGAGGUCGAGGCGCUCCGUGAUGCUGCAGCCGCCUCCAUGGACUCACUUAGCCUAUUGCUUGACGAAGACAUCCCUCGAUUCCUGCUUUCGGCGCCGUGGGCGUCGACCGCGCUCUCGCCCUGGCUCCGUGCGCACGAUCUGUUCGCCGCCGCACUGCUCGCCGACUCGAUGGAGGACCACACGCUGGUCACGUUUUUUCUUGAGCAGCACGAGGCCAAGCUGGCGAGCAUGACUUCGCGGGCUGCCGAAGCGCUGUCAAUGCCGGCGUCAGGCAUACACUCGUCCCCAAUCCUGACCAAGCUCCUGGAUCUGGACUCGCCCGAGUCGCGAGCGCGGCGUGCCCCAGUGGGCUUCUUUGUUCGCGAGCAGUACUCGUACUUGCUGUACUCGUCAGCACACUCUGGCCGUAUGCGCGAGGCCAUUUCCGCCGGCGAAGCGUAUUUGACCUUCAAUCCCGAGUCGGACGAGAUCCGGGGCAAUCUCGAGCUGCUCGCGACAGUCGACGCCGAAGAUCCAGCGUUCCAGUCGGAUGUCUCGCCAGACCGGGUCGACCGUCUUGCUCUGCGGCUGCUCGGCAGCGGAACCGAGUUGCCCCACGACUCGCUGGCUGCCAACCAGGCUAUGCUUGGUGAGUGCCGGGAGGCUACCGAUAAGCUGCAUGACAAGCUGGCCGAUGUACGGAGCGGGCUGAGCGGAUGCCGUGAACUAGUUGACAGCCUCUACGAACGGGCGUCAGCGGCGGCACGGGUGGCCGCGGGCUGCUCCAGUCCCGGCACAGACGCAUCGUGCCCGCCAUUUGCCGAGCCACAGCCUGCGGCCGACGAGAUCGCGUCUGGGCUCUCGUUCUCUCGGUUUUACAGCGAGUACUCGCUCGCGCGCAAGCCAGUAGUCAUCCGCGGAGGCGCGGCGAACAUGACGACUGUUCCUUGGGAUUAUGCUCAUCUCCAAUCGGCCUGCGGCAGGGCGAUGGUGACCCCCAAGCUGUACCGGGCACACAUGGAUACAUGGGCCUCGCUCUCCUCGCUGGACAGCAUGAGUCUCGGCGAGUUUAUCGAAGCGCUCCGCAACGGCAGUCUCGUCGAAGGCUACCGUGCACCCGGCCUGCCGUAUGUGUUCGACGCGUCGCUGACAUACAUGUGUCCUGCCAUGCUUGACGAGUUUGUAGUGCCCAAGUACGUUGCCAACGACUUUUUGCAGCGGAUUCCAUACACGAUCGACGUGCCGUACCGAUCAUCAUGGCCGUCGCUCUUUGUGGGGCCGGCCGGAUCGGGCUCGGGCCUGCACAUUGACUCUUUCGGCUCUUCGUUCUGGAUGGGCCUCAUCUCGGGUCGCAAGAAGUGGAUUCUGUACCCGCACGAUACACCGCGGUCUGCGCUGCACUUUUCGUCUCGGCGCGGGACGUUUGAGGCCUCGCCGCUGAUGUAUCUGGAUCCGACGGCAACACCGCUGAUGCGCGAGGCCCACGCCCAAGCAGUGGUGGUUGUCCAGGAAGCUGGCGAUCUGAUGUUCAUCCCGGGCGGCACUCCGCACCAAGUGGUCAACCUCGACGAUGUGGUGGGCAUCUCGAUGAACUUUGUCGACGGCGGCAACCUCGAGACGUCGCUGCAAGUGCUGAAGGACGAAGCCGCGUGCGGAUAUGCCGACUCGGAGCGGCUCUAUCACGCGCUCUCGGACGCUGGCCUCUUGACCGUGGUCCCGCGCGAGGCUGCGGACCUACCGUGGGCGGCGUUCAAGACGUUUCCGCUCCCUGAGGCCAUUGCCGGGGGUCCGUACGAAAUCGGAGUUGAUGGGAGAGCUGUGGCGGGUGGCGAGUGGAGCGCGGCGAGCUUGCCGUGGCGGGCGCACGCCGGCGAGCACGCGCCGCGAGUUUUGACGAUCGACAACGCUGUGGACGAGGCCGAGGCCGAUGCGCUGCUGGCAUUUGCGUCGUGGCCGGGACGGAAGCAGUUUGUGGAGAAUGACCCCAGCGUGGCUAUCCAGCGGACGUUUGUUUCGCGAACCGAAGCACGGGUCUCGCUGCUGCACCGACUGAUGCACCGGGCGGCGCAGGUGCUCGGCCUCAAUGACGACGAGUGGGCCGGCGGCGAGUGGUGGAUUCAGGAUCGAGCUGCCGACAACGUGCUCCACUUUCACGCCGACUGUGCCGAGGGGCGCGAGGAGACGACACUCAGCAUGCACCCACUGGUCUCGACGGUGCUGUACCUGACGGACGUCGGCGGACCGACUGUGGUGUACAACGCGAGCGUGGCGCCGAGUGGUGGCGAUUACGAUCCGUUCCGCCUCGAGCCAGCAAGCCCGUCAUCAGGCGCGGUGGUGUGGCCCCGGCUCGGCCGAAUGCUUGCGUUUGACGGACGGCUCAUCCACGGAGUGGCGCAUGACGAUCCGCCGAGCUCGGCAAAGCGGGUCACACUCCUCAUCAACUUUUGGCGGCACCGGCCCAACGUGCUCGGCCCUGCGCCGUGGACGUGGCUUGUGGAGAGCAGUGAGGCUUCGGAGCUGGCGGCGGCCGACGGACUGCGGCCCGGCGUGCCGAACGAGACCGAAGUGACGUCGUGGGAUGCGUUUGACGAGUGUGUGGUGACCAGCAACGACCCGCUACUGGCGGCUGAGUUUCUGAUGACUGGCGGCGGGACGAGCGGGGUGCUGAGCAUGCGACUGCCGUCAUCUAGGGCACGGGCCGGCGCUCACGGCCGGGCACGGCUUGUUGGCGACGGCCUUGCGUGGUUGGAGGCAUAGUCACGGCGACGAGGCAGUGGAAGGCGGGAGCGGCGGCGACGCUAGCUGCGGCGACGGCUGCGGCUGCGGCGAGGCCGGAACGGCUGUGGUGGCGGUCAUGGCGGCUGGCGGCGGGAGGCUAGGUUGGGAGGCCGGGCCCCCGGGCGGCCCAUCAGUGGGCAGGCCCGCGGGCGAGGCGGUGGGGAGACCUGUAGGCAGA